CCUUUUGAGCGAAGGAAUCUGCGGCUCUGGGCCGUGAGGAUGAGACGGAAGAGGAGAUGGGCGGCUGAAGCUCGACUAGGGCUCUCCCGGUCUAAGAAUCUAUCAGAGUUUUUUAUUUUAUUCUUUAUUCUUUUAAUUAAUUAAUUAAUGGUUUGAUCCGGUUUUACCCCGGUUCAACAGAUCCAACUGGUCGGUCCGAACCGGAUGUAAAACUAUAUGUUGACUAAUGAUCUGUAUUUUAUCUUCUAUGAACACUCACAUGUCCGGAGGAGCGUGAUCACCUUGUUACGAAUUGAAAACACAUAAUCCCUUAGAAAAAGAGCAUCAAAACUAGUAGCAGGAAAGCUUAGCAAGUUUUGGGACAUCACUGUGUUCGAAUCACCCUACUUUUGCUGCGCUGGCGGCUGUGGUCACAAGAAUAACCAAAGCUAUGAUGGCAGCCAUUCGUAGAUUCAACACAGUGGCAGAACCAACUGCACGCCUAACCAGAUUCUCUCUUCAAGCCCCAAAAUAUGUAGAAGUGGAAUUUGCUAAUGGUAGUGUAUUCAAGUUGUCUGCUGAAUUUCUCAGAAUAAAUAGCCCUGCAGUUGAUGGAAAAAUCAGAUCAAUUGGAGGUGAAAAGGUGAUAUCUGGAAGACGCCAUGUGGGAAUUAUGUCUGCAGAACCAGUAGGAAAUUAUGGGGUAAGGCUCAAUUUUGAUGACUUGCAUAAAACCGGUAUUUAUUCCUGGGAUUAUUUCAAUCAUCUAGGAAGCAACAAGUUUACCCUUAUGAGAAAUUACAUUAAAACACUGAAGAAAUACGGGCUUAGUCGAGAUCCACGAGGAAGAAAAUGAUGCAGAUGUGUUGGAUGUUGUCACUUAACAAACUGACCCUCUGGUAACUUCAUUUGUUGAAACUGAAAAAUUGUAAUAUUGUAGAUUGUGUUGAAUGAAAUUUGAAUAAUUGGCAUCAAUAUAAUAAGUCUACACUUAGAACUUAUAAGAGAAGGAAAAAUAGAAUAGUGUUUUGCAUUCUUUUUGUUAACUGUGUUUCUUCGUUAGCCUGGUAUGAGCAAAAGACCAUCUCAUCAUGUACUAAGGCAGUUCUGUGUUUUUUUUUCUUUAAAGCUCUUGAAUU